AGCGUGCGUCAGUCGCGCAGCGAGCGCUAAUCCACAAGUACGUCGGGUGGCGCUCCGCCGACCCGUUCGCGUGCUAGUGUUGUGUCACAACGGUGGGCCAAGUCGGUUUCGAGAUACAUUCGUUCCGGCACACACCAUGGCUCUAAACUCUGAUAGUGAACAGAAAUCGAACCUGGUCCUGCGCGUGGACCAGGAUUCGGACUCGGUUCUACAGUCAUUGUUUGACACAGUGCUUAAACCAGACUCGAAACGACCGCUACAGGUGCCUCUGCGUAUGCGACAGCUUCCAAAGUCGUUCUUUAACCCGCCGUCGACCGGUUCCAAGUCACCGUCUGUGUCUCACUCGCGAGAGAACUCGGCCGACUCGGCGUUCGGGUCGUCGUCGGCGACAGGAGCGACACCAGUAUCGCACUCUAGGGCGCACUCGUCGCCAGCGAGCCUGCAACAGACUUAUGCGGCCGGCCAACAGACUCAACAACCCCCUCUACACCACCAGCAUUCAAAACAAAGAUCAUAUGAUGUCGGCUCACACAUCCCGGAUGAACUCGGUCCACUGCCAUCUGGCUGGGAGCAGGCGCGCACUCCUGAAGGACAGAUAUACUAUCUCAACCACAUAACAAAGACGACAACAUGGGAGGACCCGCGAAAGUCCUUGGCAGCGCAGAGCGUCACCGCGGGCGUUCAGCACCAGAGCGCAGAAACCCUCCUCGCGACGCCGGCAGCGCCAACAGUGCCCGCCGCGCCUGCACCAGCAGCGAAGAGUACAAGUAGUAACACAACAGACCUGGGACCGCUGCCCGACGGCUGGGAGCAGGCAGCGACGCCGGAGGGGGAGAUCUACUUCAUCAAUCAUGCCGCCCGCACUACUUCCUGGUUCGAUCCUAGAAUACCCCAGCACCUGCAGCGCACGCCGGCGGCGGGCGCGGGCGCGGCGGGCGGCGGCUGGGUCAACAACGCCACGCUGCAGCAGAAGAUGCGCCUCCAGUCGCUGCAGCUCGAGCGGGAGCGGCUCAAGCAGCGGCAGCAUGAGAUCAGAUUACAGCAAGAGCUAAUGGCGCGGCAAGCGUCAUCGUCCAUCGUGUCAUCGCUGACGUCCAGCGUGAGCGCGGCGAGCACGGAGCCGGCGCUGGACCCGUUCCUGUCGGGGCUGAGCGAGCACCAGCGGCAGGAGUCGGCCGACAGCGGGCUGGGCAUGGCGGUGCCGUCGUACGCGCCCGAGGACUUCCUGGCCAUGGACGACCGCAUGGACUGCAGCAGCGAGGCGGGCGCCAGCCUCGACACCGACAUCACGCUCACCGACAACCUCGACUCUACGGAUGACCUCAAUACUUUACAGAUGGGGGAAUUCACGGCAGACAUAUUGUUGGAUGACGUGCAGUCGCUGAUCAACUCCACGCCCAACAAGCCCGACAACGUGCUCACCUGGCUCUAGGGCCGGCCGGGACCGAAUACCAAAUGUAUAUCGUGUACAUUGCAGACAUUAACGUGUUGCGUGUGUGAAGUGUUUAUGUCGUGUGACUAUGGUUAUGUUGGUACGGUAUAGCCCGGUAUGACUCACGUGUAAGUAAUACAGUAUUGUUUUUUUGAAGUCUCUGCAUUUAUUCAAACGAGAUAUAAUUACGCUCUGUAUAAUCGCUGUACCUACAUGUAUACUUAAUAGUGAAAGGGCAUUCGGCGUUGCUUAUUUCGAUUUCGACUUCUGCGUUAAGUAUUAUAGAAUGUGUACUGUAUAGUGUCCAUUUUGGUUAAGUGCAAAAUGUAGAGCUAUGGAAAUUGCCAAGUAGGUAACCUUACGUGGUAGGCCAUGACUGUAAUAGUGGCUAGUCACUAUGUAGAAGCCUCCUCACUUGUGUAGUGCUCGCGCGCGGCUGAGGACUCUAUUGACUCGUAGUUUCGAUGCAAGCCUUCUUUCUUCGCCGAAAGUAGCAGUGUUGCAAUACUAAUAGUAAGCUAGGUUUCCAAUAAUCUUUAGCUAUAAGACUAAUGGAAAUCCUAUCCUUCCUUUGACUAAGUAGGUAUAAAUAAACUGGACAAAGUUUAAUCGACUUUUAAUUAUUAAAAUUGUGAUAACAUCUCGAUGGAACAGUGCCUUGUUGUGCCUUUAUUAAAAAUAUAUUUAUUGUGGUAUAUAUUAGGUAAAAUAUAAAUAUUUACAAGUGCAGUUUUUGAGGUCGACGUCAUGUAAUCGGACAGAUCUACUUAUAGUGGGAAGUAUCUCGUUUCGCCUACCUACUUACACCGUCCUUGUGUAUUUUAUCGAGAUUAUAAAUAGGUACGAAUAAGUAUCUAUAGUUAUAUAGCUUAAUCGUAAACUAGAUAAGGAUCGCUGGCUAUAUUUCAAUAUACACUUUUAUAAAUUAAAUUUGUUUAGAUUUUAAACUACGUGUAUUGGUGCAGCUAGCUAAUUAACAUAAGGGAAUAAAAGAUGAAGAGCGGCCGGGCACGGCCGAGCUGGUAGUGUCUUGUCAUGGGUCGGCGCUGGAUGGCCUCGGCUAUAACCGCGAAAAUCGAAGUUCGUCAAUUGCGGGCAUUUUUCUCUCGCUCUAAUUACGUCUUAGUGAGAGUAAAAGAGAAAGAUCCCCGCAAUUUGCGAAUUUUGGUUUUUGCAGUAGGCCCCCUGCAGAGGACGGGGAGCGCAAUACGCAUCCACUCGGGGCGACUGCCGGGCCCACUAUGAUCGUUAGAAGAUUAUCAUUUACCGCUACAUACUUAAGUAUUACUGUCUCUUAUUAUAAUUAUUUUUCUAUCUCUUCCGAAUGAAUGUGGUCAGAAAAGAAAAAUUGUGUUUUAGCCCACCUAGUCUUUAGUUUUUUUUUUAUGAAAUUUAAUAUACCUAACUCGAUUGAAAGCGACAAUAAAUUAGGACUUUAAUAUGAAACGCUACAUUGAAAACUUUGCCAUAUUAGUGACGUACUAUUAUUAAUCUUAUAAGACUUAAUGUAAUCUUCGGUUUCUAUAAGCAUCUGUGUAAGUAUUGUAAGUAGACGUAACGGUGCUGGGUUUAUGGUACAUUUAAUUUUGUAUUCUGUGGAUCGCCGUAUUUAGCCUUUUCGCGGCCAGAGGCGAGACAUAUCAGGAGAACAGUCGGUCUAUUAUAGAGUCAUUAUGACAAUGUAUUUGAUAUGGCGCUGAAAAGGUUAAGUAUGUCGUGUUCUGUAAACUCGCGCCCCACAUAUACUACGCUCAUAUUCUUCGGUUCAUUAUUCUGUAUUCGCUUUUCAAUUUCUUACAUUAUAAUCACUUCGACAGAGCAAACUAAAACAAUUGACAGUGUCGAUUAUAUUGUAAUGCUGGCGCUAGACACGAUGUCCAAUACUACUGUCAUCUCACAGAUAUAUAGAUAUGUGUGUAAUGUUUGAACACACAUCAACACUUACUAUUGCGUGGCGGUGGAAUCAUUCAUAUGUAACUAUCUGAUUGUCUCAUGAAAUUUUACAAUCGACUAUGUUUUUGAAAAAAUAAGAAAUCGUGUGGCAUACAAUCUAUAUUAGGUAAAAGUUUAAGUGUUAGCAAAUUCUAGCCUUUAAAUUUCGUGAGAUAAUGGGUAUGUCUACCACAUGCCACUGUCGCGUUCAUGUCUUCCAUUAAGUGUUGCAAUGUUUGUUCGUGGCUGGCGCCCGCAUGACUCUGCGAACUGCCGCCCGCCGCGUCCGUCUUAAUAACCAGCACAUACAAAAGAACUAAUAGUAGAUGACAUCAGUUGAAAAAUAAAUUGUGGCUUUCUACCGACUUUGCCAACUGAACAAGAUGGCACCGCACGGUUCCACAGGUUUUGGAGACAUGGCUGUGCGAAGUCUUUUUAUAAUUCAGCAGUCAAAACUGAGCCACCGUGUAUUUUUACUACUAUACGUCUACUAUAGUUUAUAUGUUUGUGAUCCUCCAGGACCCGACGGCGCUCAUGCCGGAGCCACAAAAACAUUCCAUACAGCUAACGGUCCCCGCUUUUAUGUACACAGAAUAAUAUUCAGAACAAUAUUAUAUUUCAUAAUCGUUUAUUUCUUAAGUAGGUGUAGCCGUCAUAAUUUUAAUACAUAUCUCUUACUGGCUGAACGCGGAUGCGAGUUUUCUUUGUAGUAAGUUAUGUUUCGUGUAUCUAUGUUACGACAAUGAAAUUUAUGGUUAGAAAAUUAAUUUACAAUAAUUUCAUUGUAGAUAAUUAGAUAUUCUUAUAUGAAUUAAAUAAAUAUUUGUUUUAAUACA